AGGCAAAGCGCAGAAAUGUGCAGAAUUUUGACGUACACGUGAUGUUGCGACUAUACUUCAUAUUUCAUCUCAUACCUGUUGCGGUUUUCGCCAAUACCGGGCGGGAGAUGCGAGCUACUAGAAUGUCUGUGGUGGAUUUCUGGAAGAACGAAACUUUGGGUGAUGGCUUCAACAUUCGAGUAGCUCAUGGAGUCAACAGUUGGCCUGACCUAGUCGAUCAGUUGCAUGAGCCGUUCCUAAACAAGUCGAUGCUGAUCGAAGGCGAUGUGUUCCUGCAAACGGCCAGACGUCCCCGGCACCGUGCUAUACCGGUGAUGCGAGCCGACGCAAGAACAGCUGAUCGAAUCACCUUUAAAGAAUGGCUCCGUGAGGUGGCCAACCUCAAAAAAGCAAUCAAAAUCAACUUCCGAUCAACGGAAGUGGUUCGACCGGUGCUACAGUAUCUGUACGCGACACAAGCUGAUCCAUUAGCACCCGAACUAAAAUAUCCGGUCAUUCUUCAUGCAAACGUUUUUCGUUCGCCACGAAGCGUUGAGAAUAUCGUCGAUCCGUCAUCAUUUGUCGAAAGGGCUCGACGGCUUUUUCCGGAUGCGACGUUGUCGUUAGGAUGGACAAAACAAUCGAAUUUUUCGAUGCUCAAUCCGAAGCAUAAAGUACUGACUUGGAGGCAGUUGUUCCACAUUCUCGAAUACAUCGCUCGACUAGAGCAGCCAGUUAUGCUGUCGGUCCGAUUAUCAGUGGCAACAAACUCAAAAGAGCAGCUCCUUUGGCUACUAGGAAUGGAUAAAGCAAUCUCUCUUCUGAUUUGGAGCGACUCAGAUGAUGAGGUGGUUGACUGGGCUUCCGUUGCGGAAAUUCGUCGAAUAGCCACAAAAAAUCGAGUGCUCUACGAUUUGGAGCCGCAUCAUAGGGAAAUCAUCCAACAAAUACCAAACCAUCCAAGUGAGGCGCAGGGAGAGCCGAGUUUUUCGCUUUCAUCCUGGCGCGCUGUCGAGUUCGCCACCUCGCAGGACGUGCUGUCGACAGUGGUCCGAUCCAAGAACGGGGCCGUGUUCCUCGGGCACCCGGCCGCUCUGCUGCUCUCGCAGACACCACCUCCAUUGUUUCCCAGCUCGCAGCGAGUUGAAGGAAAGGUGCACUUCCUGUCGAAAGCCGUCAAGGGGGAGGUGGAAGUGGACGAAAAUACGGGAUUGGUAAUCUAUUUGCUCGACAAAGUUGUGGAAAUCGAGUCUCCAGAGCUCAAAGAUGUGCUCAAGGUAUUCAUUGGACACGACGGACGAAUAGCGAUAGAAAAUAAGGACAACAUCCAACCGUACUACGACACCAAAUCAGUCGGACAACUGCCACUAUCUGAUUGCUAUGCUUUUGCAGUGACAGACAAAGGUUGGCGAGUUGUUGCCGAUGUGUGGACGACAAGUUGUGGUAAGAAACAAAGCAAAAGAAGAAAACGAGAUGUGGUUCGCAUAGAGCUGGACACCCCAUUUCUCAAUCAACGCUCGUUGAGGAAUGUGGUGGUGGCAAAGUCAGGAGAUGGUGUCGUCGACUUCCUGCUCGAAGAGCUGCAUCACAGCUCCGCUCGUCUUCACGCCACCAUCUUCGCCAUCAUCUGUAUAGCACUUCAGCGGUUGUUGCACGAGACUCUGCUCUAGCGGACGGACCACUGGUCCCACGCACAACCACUCAUGUUCAGGACAACUCGAAACGGGCGUAGAUAUCAUUCGGCUGCCAGCUCACACACACGAAAAUGACAUUUCAUUGCGAGCCGCGCACUUCGUGUUUCUAGAGAAAAAGAGAAUUUAUAUUAUAAUUUUACCCUGUUAUGAACAUCAUUAUCAAUGACGAUAUUUUUAGACUAUUUGGUAUGUUCUAAUGCAAAAUACUA